AUGAAACGUGUCAUUUUGCUAGCAAUUUGCAUCGGAUCUAUUGCUGUUGUGCGAGCUGAUGAUGAGGCGAAAGGAGAAGAAGAAUUGGAGAUACGAGAACCAGCUGAAGAGGGGGAGAAUCAUGAAGAGCUAGAACUGUCCGAAGAUGAUUUCCGGAAAAUCGAAGGGCUGCUGGGACAGCUGGACGACUAUUUGGAGACGACCAACAAGAAGAUGGUCGUCGAGGAAAUUAAGGGCUUUAUGGGCAUGGGAUUCAUGGCUUCGGUCUUUGAGCAUGUGACAAAGAUCGUUCUUCCUUAUGUGCCGAACAUUGGAGCGUUAUUCAGCGGAUUUGAAGCAUCCCUCGAAGAAAACAAAUCCCCCGAAGAAGUAUUCGACAAGAUGAGCGCCAUCCGCGAUGCUCUACAAAAAGCCCUCCACAGCAUGCGAAGCGACCUGCACCCACACGACAAAAAAGAGCUA